CGGCGGUACGUCAUUUCCCACAAUGCACCAGGACAGGAAUAAAUAGAGAGCCAAGAUGGCGGCGGACAGUGAUCCCGAGUCUGAAGUGUUUGAGAUCACUGACUUCACCACCGCGUCCGAGUGGGAGAGGUUCAUAUCCCGGCUCGAGGAGCUGCUGAAUGACUGGAAGCUGAUCGGGUCUCGUGUCGGGAAACCGCUGGAGAAGGGUGAGAUCACCAGCAGCUCGUGGGAGGAAAACACGCAGGAGAUCAACUUCGCUGAUUUCAAGUUCUCCAUCACACAUCACUGUCUGAAGCAGGAGUCAGCUGAGAAUGAAAGCAGGGAGGAAGCAGAGGAAGAUGUGUGUCCGCUGGCCCUGCAGGACCUGCUCUGCAUGAACAAUGACUUUCCUCCACGAGCUCACUGUCUCGUCAGAUGGUUCGGUGUGCGUGAGUUCGUGGUGAUUUCUCCAGGAGCCAACUGUGAAGCUGUGGUCAGCGAGUCCAAGUGUAACCUGCUGCUGAGCUCCAUGUCCAUCGCUCUGGCCAACACGGGCUGCCUGGUGCCGCUGUUCGUGCAGAUCCAGCAGAAGUGGAGGAAGAUGUACACGGGUGAGUGUCAGGGGCCCGGGGUCCGGACAGACUUCGAGAUGGUGCACCUGCGUAAAGCUCCUGGUCAGUACACACACCUCUCCGGCCUGCUGGACAUCUUCAAGAACAAGAUGAGCUGCCCGCUGACGCCGCUGCCGCCCAUCAGCAUCUCCAUCCGCUUCACCUUCGUGCUGCAGGACUGGCAGCAGUGCUCGUGGCCACAGCAGCCGCCAGACUUCGAUGCGCUCCUCGCUGGAGAGGUGGGAGGCGUGGAGUUCGGCAAACUUCCGUUCGGAGCGUGUGAAGAUCCCGUCAGCGAGCUGCAUCUCGCGACCACGUGGCCGAACCUGACGGAGGGAAUCGUGGUGGAUAACGACGUUUAUUCCGAUCUGGAUCCUCUUCAGGCUCCUCACUGGUCUGUUCGAGUGCGGAAAGCAGACAAUCCACAAAUGAGUGUAACUGAGCAUCAUCUGCUGUCGUGAUCCUCAGGUGAGUUCCUCAUGGAGUUCUUCAAGCUUUGCUGCCGGAAGGAAAGCACCGAGGAGAUUCUGGGGAGGAACCCGGUCGAGGAGGAAGGGAAAGAGAACAGUGACAUCACUCAAGCGCUGUCCAAGCUGACGGAGCCCGCAGCCGUCCCCAUCCACAAGCUGUCCGUCUCCAGCAUGGUGCACAGCGCGAGGAAACGCAUGCGGCGACACAGACGCGCCGAGGAGUCGCCACUCAACAACCACGUGCUCAACUCCAUCCUGCUGUAUCUGUUCCCAGAUGCAGCUCUGGAUAAAACAGACUUAAGCGAUGUCAAAUCCACGCAGCACAGCCCGGGAGAAAAGACUGAGUCGGAGGAUUACCAUCUCUAUAAUCAGCUGAAGUCGGCUCCGAGCGACAGUCUGACGUACCGUCUGGCCCUGUGUGUCUGUAUGGUGAACUUCCAUCACGGAGGAGUGAGAGCCGUGGCUCACCUGUGGCAGGAGUUUGUGCUGGAGAUGCGCUACCGCUGGGAGAACAACUGCCUGAUCUACGGCCUUGCUGAGCAGAAGAGCCUCUUUCAGAAAUCUUUCUGACCCCAAACUAUUGAGUGUUCGUGUGUUUUCACUGUGCACCUCCUCCAGAUGCUGAACUGCUGCAUCGAGCGCAAGAGAGCGAGGGAUGAUGGGAGGAAGAGCGGCGUGUCAGACAGGAGCCGUCAGGGGCCCGAGAGCGCGGGGCCCGCUGAAGUUUCUCCGGGGAAGUCCUGGGACUCGUGGAGCGACAGCGAGGAGGAGUUCUUCGAGUGUCUGAGCGACACGGAGGAGAUGAAGGAGACGGAGAACGAGAAAAAAACAGCCAAUAAGAGCAAAGCUGAAGGUCGCCUGCAGCCGCAUGGCAAACUGACUCUUCUGAACUCACCGGAGCCGCUCUUCAUCCCCGUCACACAGGAGCCCGCGCCCAUGACUGAAGACCUGCUGGAGGAGCAGUCGGAGGUUCUGGCCAAACUGGGCACGUCGGCUGAAGGAGCGCACCUCCGCGCCCGCAUGCAGAGCGCCUGCCUGCUCUCAGACAUGGAGUCCUUCAAGGCAGCGAAUCCCGGCUGUUGUCUGGAGGAUUUCGUGCGCUGGUAUUCUCCGAGAGAUUACGUGGAGGAGGAAGGGGUGGAGGCGGGAGAGACGGUCAUACGGGGCGACCUGAGCACCCGCAUGAAGAUCCCGGGGAACAUGUGGGUGGAGGCCUGGGAGACGGCCAAAGCCACGCCGGCCCGCCGACAGAAGAGGCUGUUUGACGACACCAAAGAGGCUGAGAAGGUGCUGCAUUACCUGGCGCUGCAGAAGCCGUCGGAUCUGACUCUGCACCUGAUGCCCUGCGUGCUGCACGCGGCUCUGCUCAAGAUCAAGGAGGAAGAAGCAUCUGAAGACAUCGCGUCGGUGCGUAAGGCGCUGCAGCAGGUCACCGCUCACGCCAGCAAACUGCUGCGGCACCCCAACCCUGACUUCAAGAAGCUGGAGGACCUCAUUCUUCAGAUGAGCGCGGUGGAGGCCGUCAUCGCUCGCGCCCGAUCGCUCAAGGCCAAGUUUGGCAUCGCUGGAGGACAGCGAGAGGAAGACGCGGACGAGCUGGAGAGGUUUGUCAGCUGUUUGCUGGAGGAGCCCGAGGUUUCUGUGAUUGGAGCCGGACGAGGACCUGCUGGAACCAUCAUCCAUAAGCUGUUCGUCAGCUCUCAGCGGGCCGCUCUGCUGGCGCCGCUGGAGGACGAGGCGGGUCGUUCUGGAGGGACGGAUGACAGGAAAGCGGUUCCGGAUUUUCCGCCCCCUGCUGGACGGGAGGUUCUGCUGCGCACCUGUGUGCCGCGGCCCGCGCCGUACUCCAAAGCCCUGCCGCAGCGGCUCUUCUGCGUGCUCCUGCGGGACGAGUUCAGGCUCGCCGGCGCCUUUUCCUCCGACACCUCCUUCUUCUGAGCGAUCGACCAGCGCAGGUUAACUGGGACGCAGGUUUCAGGAAAUAACGCCGAUGAGUGUCCUGCUGCACGCGUGUUCUUAUAGAGUCAAAACGCUUCACAUGUAAUCACGGGAAAUGGUUUCUGGAUCAGCGCUCUGAGGGUCUCAUCAGCUCUAAAAUGGUUUUAUAUCUGUUGGGUUUCACACAUGCUAAUAAUAUCAGUUCCCCUACUGUGUGCUUGAUGAGAGCAGCUCUAGAUUGAGUUCUCAACACUUUGCCUUAGGAAACAACACACACUCACGCUCACACACUCACACACACACGCUCCCUCACACACUCACACACGCUCACACACUCCCUC